AUGAGCCAUGCUGACAUGCUCAAAGAUGAAGACCUCACGGGCAGCGAGUUAUACUCAUCACUCACGAGUGUGCCAAAUAACGGCCAACUCCUUGAAAGGCACAGGCAUAAGCUUUGGCAAGCCAGUAGGCUCUUGUGCUGCGAGGUGGUGCCACAGGCUCUCGCCUACAGCGAGAAGCCAAUGCCACCGGAGGCCAUCACGCUCUUCAUUGCCACCUCUGAGCAGAUCCUCUUGCAGGACAACAUCAGUUGCAUCGACCCGGAGAACCACAGCGUGACGCGGAUGCCUGCGGGCCUCAUCGUGCCGCGCGUCUACUUCUCUCGUCUGGGCACCAGCGAGGAUGGAGGUGACCCCAUCACCAAGAACGUCCUGCGCGACUUCGCGGGCCUCGAGAACAUGGACGAGGAGACCACAGCAGCCUUGCUGAACUUUUCGUAUCACUUGGCCUGUGGCAACACCGAUGAGGCCUACAAAAGCGUGAAGGGUGUGCGCUCCAGCAAUGUAUGGGAGAGCAUGUCCAAGAUGUGCGUGAAGACGGGCCGCUUGGAUGUGGCGCAGAAAUGCCUAGGGCAGAUGUCCCAUGCCCGUGCGGCUGGGGCACUGCGCCAGUGCCCUGAGCAAGAGCCUGAGGCACGACUGGCGGUGGUGGCAGUACAUUUGGAUAUGAUUGAUGAUGCUGAUGCUUGGAAGCAGUGGCGGUCCUUUCGGCCCCUAUGA